AAACGAAUACUGUGCUCAAGGUGGCUAGAUUGCAUUUGGUUAUCGAUCCGAGCGAGACAAACAUGUCAAUUUCAAUAUCAGCGGCAUUCAAGGAUCAGGAAAUCUUUGUGACUGGCGGCACGGGUUUCGUUGGCAAGGCACUCAUUGAGAAACUGUUGCGUUCGUGUCCAACGCUAAGCAGAAUCUAUGUGCUGCUGCGGCCCAAGAAGGGUGUCGCCAUCGAGUCGAGACUGGAGGCGUUACUCAAUUGCAAGCUAUACGAAAGAUUGCGACGCGAACAGCCACAUACCCUGGCCAAGGUGGUGCCAAUUGGCGGAGAUGUUACCCAACUGGGACUGGGCAUCAGCGAAUCGGAUCUGAAGCGUCUGACGAAUGUGACCAUCGUUUAUCAUUCGGCUGCCUCGGUGCGUUUUGAUGAUCCGUUGCGCGAUGCGAUUCUGAUGAACACCCGUGGCACCCAUGAGCUCAUCAAGCUCGCCUUGACCUGGAAGAAACUGAGGGCCUUCGUUCAUGUUUCGACCACAUAUUCGAAUCCCACCGAACUGGAGGUGGAGGAGCGCAUUUAUCCACCGUAUGCUGAUUGGCGCACCACCAUCAAACUGGCCGAGACCUACGAUGAGGAAACCCUCGAUGUCUUCAAUUUGAAAUAUGGCAACUUUCAGCCGAAUACGUACACCUUCACCAAGAGCCUGGCCGAGCAUGUGGCCAAUGAUUACAAGGAUCAGCUGCCCAUAUUCAUAUUCAGACCAUCAAUCGUGAUCUCAACGCUGGAGGAACCGGUGCCGGGUUGGGCGGAUAAUUUCAAUGGACCCACGGGCAUGUUGGUUGCCUGUGCCGUUGGCAUUUUACGCUCCCAAAACUGUGAUCCGAAUAUCGUGGCCGAUUUUGUGCCCGCCGAUGUCGUUGUUCGUGGCUUAAUUUUAUCAUCGUUCAAAUAUUUGCAAGAGGCGCCCGCCAAGGAUCAACCGAUCGGUGUGUUCAACUGUGCCACAGCAAAUAUAUCACCCAUUACCAUGGGGCAGGUUAUUGACAUUGGUAAACGCUACAUACGACAGAAUCCAUUCGAGAAGACCUUGUGGCUGCCAGGUGGCAGCAUUACCAUGUGUCCGGUAUUGCAUUUUUUGCGGUUUAUAACGAUGCACAUUAUGAUGGCCAUUGUGGUGGACUUCUUGCUGCGCUUGACCAAUGAGAAGCCAUUCCUUUUGAAGCUGCAACGUCGCAUUUUCGCCGCAUUUCAAGCGCUGCAUAUUUUUGCGAUCACCGAAUGGCAUUUUCAGAAUGAUAACUUCAAGUCCCUACACGACUCAGUGCCCGAAAACGAAAUAUCGAUUUUUGGUUUUAUGCAGUACUCGAAUAUUGACUAUGUGAAAUUCUUCCGGAAUGGCAUUAGGGGCGCCAAGGAGUAUCUGUUGCACGAGACUCCCGAGAGCAGCCGGGGCGCAAUGUUGCGCAUAAAGAUCUUCUACGUCUUGGAUUGUUUAUUCCGUGCGAUCGUUUAUGGAUUUCUAUUGCGAAUCGUUUAUAAGCUGGCCGUGCGCAUUUUCUUGUCUUAAGCAUGCCCCGCCUCCCCAACCCCCCUAAUACAUUGCUAUUUCUUUUUA